GGGAAUGUAGUUCGCGACGCGUGAGCAGUGACGCGACACGCGCGCGCGCGUGUGUGUGUGUGUGUGUGUGUGUGUGUGUGUGUGUCCUGAUCGUGUGUGUGUGUGUGUGUGUGUGUGUGUGUGUGUGUGUGUGUGUGUGUGUGUCCUGAUCACCCAGGCAACGACCCGGAGGCACAGCUACUGGUUGUAGGAACUAGCGUGGUUGCGAGCGGCGGGCCCAGAGCAUUUGCCCGCUCAGAGUCUGGGCGUUUCUGCGCUAGCAGCAGAGGACGGGGCGGGACUUCCGUCGUCGCCAUUGCAAUCUUCGCCGCGCGGUUGGUGGGCUGGAUGGCAGUCGGCUGCUGGGACCAGAGAUGGGCAUAGGGAAGUCCCGGGACUGUCACCGCACCACUGCAUGCACUUUUACCCCUCGGCUAAUGGUUCCUCCUUCCUGAGCCUUGGUUUCCCCAGAUGUAGAACGGAGGUAAUGUACUCCGCCUUAGCCCCACGGUCCCCGGAGACCGCUCCCAGGUCCUUGGGCGCAUUUUAUACGGGGGAAGACUUACUAAAACCCUGAGUGCGACCGUCAGCACGCGGUCAUCCCGGGCAGUGGAGGCGUAGGGUUUUGGAUGACCCCGCAGUGCUUGUCACUGUCGCUGCCUUGCACGGCCCCGCCCACUCCACAGACUCUGACCAGGCCAGCAACCUCACUGAUGGACCCCGGGCAGCCCAUCUGUUGGCCUUCUAGCUUAGCUGUUUCAUCAUUGCAAAGCCCAGUGACCUUUGAAGAUGUGGCUGUGUACUUUUCCAAGGAGGAGUGGGGGCUUCUUGAUGCAGGCCAGAGGGACCUGUACCACAAUGUUAUGCUGGAGAACUUUGAGCUCAUGACCUCACUUGGUUGUUGGCAUGGAGUGGAAGAUGAGGGGGCCCAUUCCAAGCAGAAUGCUUCUAUACAAGGGAUGUUACAGGUCAGGAUCCCCACUGCAAAUCCUUCCACGCAGAAGGCUGACACCUGUGAUAUGUGUGGCCCAUUCUUGAAAGACAUUUUGCACCUGGAUGAACAUCAAAGAACAUAUCCUGAGAGUACCCUCUAUACAUGUGUAGCAUGUGGAAGAGAGUUUUGGUUCAGUGUGAACCUUCACCAGCACCAGGAGAAGCACAGUAGAGAAAAGCCCUUCAGAUGGGACAAGGACAGGGACUCAUUUGUGGAACGCUCUAUAGUCCAUCUGUCAGAGAAGCCUUUCACUUGUGGGGAAGAUGGUGAGGAUGCCUUGGACAGCCAUGACCUCUUCCAGCAUCCAGCCAUUGAGAGCAGUGGGAAGCCAUAUAGAAGCACAGAGUGCAGGAAGGCCUUUUCACACAGUUCUAAUCUUGAGCAGCUCUUAGAAGUCCAUUCCACCCAGGAGCUCUUCAAGUGCAAUGACUGUGGAAAAGUCUUUCAGAAGAGCUCCACCCUCCUCAACCACCUGAGAAUUCAUUCUGAAGAGACACUGUUUAGAUGCCCAACAGUUGAAAAUUCCUUAGAGGAGAAAUCAACCCUUGUUAAUCACCAAAAAUGUCAUAAUGAAGAGACAUGUCAUGUAUGUAAAGAGUGUGAGAAGACCUUCAGUCACCCUUCUAAACUGAGGAAGCACCAGAAAUUUCACACUGGAGUAAAACAUUAUAAGUGCAAUGAUUGCGGGAAAACCUUCAGCCACAAACUCACACUUGUUCAUCACCAGCGAAUUCAUACAGGAGAAAGACCUUAUGAGUGCAGUGAAUGUGGGAAAGCCUUUAAUAACAGGUCACACCUCACUCGACAUGAGAAAGUUCACACUGGAGAAAGGCCUUUUGAGUGCAGCAAAUGUGGAAGAGCCUUCAGCCAAAGCUCUAAUUUCCUUCGGCACCAGAAAGUUCACACCCAAGUAAGACCAUAUGAGUGCAAUCAAUGUGGUAAAGCCUUCAGCCGUAGCUCUGCUCUCAUUCAACACUGGAGAGUUCACACUGGAGAAAGGCCUUAUGAGUGCAGCGAGUGUGGAAGAGCUUUUAAUAAUAACUCCAACCUUGCUCAGCACCAGAAAGUUCACACUGGAGAACGGCCUUUUGAGUGCAGUGAAUGUGGAAGAGACUUCAGCCAGAGCUCCCACCUCCUUCGACAUCAGAAAGUUCACACUGGAGAACGGCCUUUUGAGUGCAGUGAAUGUGGAAAAGCCUUCAGCAAUAGCUCCACUCUCAUUCAGCACCAGAAAGUACAUACCGGGCAAAGGCCUUAUGAAUGCAGUGAAUGUAGAAAGGCCUUCAGUCGCAGCUCCAGCCUGAUUCAGCACUGGAGAAUUCACACCGGCGAAAGGCCUUAUGAGUGCAGUGAAUGUGGGAAAGCCUUUGCUCACAGUUCCAGUCUCAUUGAGCACUGGAGAGUUCACACAAGAGAAAGGCCUUAUGAGUGCAGUGAAUGUGGGAAAUUCUUUAGCCAGAACUCCAUUCUCAUUAAACAUCAGAAAGUUCACACUGGAGAAAGGCCUUAUCAGUGCAGCGAAUGUGGGAAGUUCUUUAGCCGAAAGUCCAGCCUUAUUUAUCACUGGAGAGUUCACACUGGAGAAAGGCCUUAUGAGUGCAGUGAGUGCGGGAGAGCCUUCAGCAAUAAUUCUCACCUGGUUCGUCACCAGAGAGUUCACACACGGGAAAGGCCCUAUGAGUGCAGCCAAUGUGGGAAAGCCUUUAGUGAACGAUCCACACUUGUUCGACACCAGAUAGUACACACCAGAGAAAGGACUUAUGAGUGUGGCCACUGUGGAAAAAUUUUUAGCCGUCUUUGCAAUCUUGCUCAGCAUAAAAGGAUUCAUACCUGAGUGGAGUCUUAUGGAAAUGGUCCUUCUGAGAAGAUUUUCAGCCAAGUCAAACUUGGAGAAUACCCACAGAGAAGUUACCUACAGGUACCACUAAUUUGGAAAAGUCUUCAAAAGCUACCCUGGCCUUUCUCAGCAGCCCAGAGCUGAGCUCUCUCCCCUAUGGAGCACAAAUCCGUUUUGAACCUGCCUGGAUCCAAAUAUUUGCAACAGUCAUCUACAUAUGCAUGGAAAAAACAGCUCCCUGUGCUUCCUUUCCACUUUCCUGGAGGAAAACAGACUUAUCCUGGGCCCAUUGGAAUGGCUUCAUUCCCACUGCCUCUGAGAGGGUUAGGAAAUGAACUGACCCCAGGCUGGUUGAGGGGCCUUGAGGGAUGUCCAGUUUGGGCUUCUCAGGAAGACACACAUUCCUCAUGGAUGUUGUCAUGUCUGCAUGUAAUCCCAAUGAUGUGUCCACUGAGCCCACACAUUACCCUUCCCUGGAACCAUUUACCCUGGUCUUCUCUAUCCAGCAUGAUAAUAAAGACCUCAUUGAUCAA